CACGUACUAAAAAAAUAUCCUCCUUUUUCAUAUGAAUAAAUUUCCUUUUUAUCACAUAUUAACAUAAUAAUAUAAAAAUUCUAUAUUUUUUCACAAUUUUUUGCCCGUUUAAUCUGUUUACAAAAAAAAAAAACAAACGGUUUUAAAUCUUUACGUUAUAUCAUUCUUUAAAAUACUAAUUUGCGUAGGAAUAAUUUACCUUUUUAACAGCAAUAAGAAGCCCAUUAGUUAGCUGGCGAUGGCGAUGACGAUGACGAAAUCGUUGCUUACUCGGCCGGGCAUGUCGAUCUUCUGCGCCUCGCGAUUUCGCUUCCCAAGUAACCUCGUCCGGUUUUCAGUUGCAGCAACGACUAAACUCCUAGCAGCAGACCCGAUCGCGUCGGAAAAGCUCCUUUAUCCUAUCACGGUGGCGGCUCCAUUCGUUUUCCAGCGUCAGACAUUCUGUACACGAUCAACGGCCGAAGAGAAAUGUUACCGCACAAUCGAUUCUCCUCUGAUGCAGUCCAUGAAAAAGAAGAUCAAGGAACAACUGAAUGCAGAAUCAGUUACAGUUAAUGACCUUAAUGGUGAUGGUCGGCAUGUCAGCAUCAACGUUGUCUCUUCGGCAUUUGAGGGGCAAUCUGCUGUGAACAGACAGAGGAUGGUAUACAAAGCCAUAUGGGAAGAACUUCAGCAAACCGUGCAUGCUGUUGACCAGAUGACUACCAACACACCGGCGGAAGCAUCAGGAAAGAAGUGAUGUUGCAUGCAUACCUAUUUGUCUCUAUAGUCUCUGAUUAUCUGAUCUAUUCUUUUCAGCCAAAAGUGAGAGAUAGUUGCAUGAAUGAACUGUUUUUUCUAGUAUCUCUUUAAUUUUAGUGAAAAGAGAGUAAUCUCAACUCCAAAGCAUCAUGUACUUUACCCCAUGAAGUGAUUGGGAAAAAUGGUUAAACAUCGUACAUUUAUCCCCCCCCCACCACCCCUAAUGGAAUGUUGGAUUGUAUGGUAUGGUCAUGAUUUUUUUCAGCGCGUUAGCGAAUGGGUGCACCUGGUUUUUUCUUGAAUUGAGGGUUUUUUUUGAAAUGAGGGUUCAUUACAACGAAGUGAAGACUAACCAAUUCUCCAUCCUGCUCCAUCUAGAACUCAAAUUUAGUUCCAUAUCAUAUGCUCCCUUUGUUCCAAAAUAAACUUUUGCAUUUUCCUCUAUUGUUUAUUCUAAAAUAAAGUUUCCGUUUUUUACAAUGAAUGAAAUGGGCAAUCCACACUAAUUCUCUUUUUUGCACUAGUCUACACCAAAUAAUUUUAUGUUUCUUAAACUCUAUGAAUAAUCAAAUACGAUGUUUAAUUUUGAACAGUGGGAAUAUAUAUAACUAUGAAGCAUGAAGAUGUCGUUGAUGGUACAUGUUCAU